CUGUCAGCUGUCGAAUCUGUCAAAACCUAACCACAACCGUUUUCUCAAAUAAAAAUAAUAAUAUCUCUUAAUUAUGUGAUGUGAUAAAGUGAUUUUCGAUGGCUCCACCAGACGUUUCACCCGAAAACGGAACGGUUUGUGAAAAAAUCAAGUAUGACGACAUUGAGGAGAUUUCAAUUAUCGGUGAAGGAAGUUUCGGGCAAGUAUUCAAAGGUAAAUGGAGGGGUAUUUACGUCGCUAUGAAACGGGUAUCUCAAGGACUCGAUGACAAAGAGGAUGGAUUUAGCAUUGAAAUUCGCCAAUUAUCAAGAACUAGCCACGAAAAUAUUGUUAAGCUUUAUGGGGCUUGUAUCGACAAGAAAAUUCUUGUUUUGGAGUACGCCGAUGGUGGAUCUUUAUACAAACUCCUACAUGGCUCGAAAUGUCACUACAACUUAGGACACGCAAUGUCUUGGGUUUAUCAAUGUGCUAAAGGUGUCGAGUAUUUACAUUUAAUGAAACCAACUCCUUUAAUACACCGUGAUUUAAAACCACCAAAUCUAUUGUUAUUUAAGAAUCGUCUACAUUUAAAAAUUUGUGAUUUUGGAACCGUUGCUGAUAAGCGAACUUACAUGACGAAUAACAAAGGAUCAGCAGCUUGGAUGGCCCCGGAAGUAUUCAGCACUUCAAAUUACAUAGAAAAGUGUGACGUUUAUAGUUGGAGCAUAAUUUUUUGGGAAGUUUUAUCCAGAAGAAUCCCAUUUAACAGAAAAGCCCACACUUUAUCCGUUUUGUGGUCAGUAUACCAAGGGAAACGCCCACCAACACUCAAAAAUUGUCCCGAAAUUAUCGCAAAACUCAUCGUGCAAUGCUGGGGCCCCGUACCAGAGAAGCGACCAACAAUGACUCAAAUUGUUCAAAUCAUGGAAGCCCUUAUGAAGUAUGUCCCCAAAGAUUUAGAACCUGUGGUUUCCGAAUAUGAGUAUUUAUACGAUGAGGAUUACGAAGAUUAUUACGAAAACGAAGAUGAUGAGCAUAUUUAUGAAGAAAUCGAUCCUUUUAUGAACGGGAAUAAUUCGGAAAUUAGAACUCCAUCUUUACCUCAACCAAAUGAGAGCAUGUUUCAGCCGCUUAAAGUUGACGUUGACCAGAAUGAUUGGGGCGAUGGUGAUGAAUGUCUUAUGAAGACGAUGCCAGGGUUUGAUGUGCUUAGAAAUGGUGCAUCAAAUUCAGUUCAAUCUGGUAUGCAGAGUUCAAACGUAACCCAAACUGUCUCAAACGUUGAUAAUUUAGACCCGGACAUUGUGAUGCAGCUUUUAGACCCACACUUAAGGCCGGCUACACCUGACAAUAACGAUCCUAUGUCUAUUGCACUUUACGAAAGGCAUUUACAAUUAGCAGAGGAAUUAUGUAAGGUACAAACUGAAACGGCUUUAUUAUCGGCAAAACGACAACAAUUACUUGCUCAAAAAACGGAGGAGCAACAAUUAAGAGAGACGAAAGAACGCCUUUUAAAAGAUAAACAAUCCUGGUUAGAAACGAAAAAGUACCUUGAAGGUGUUAAACAAUCACAGCCAAAUCAAGUUCCGGACGAUUGGGUUAUAGUAAAUAGUACGGAUAAUCGAUAGUGCUUUUUAAGUUGUAUGUAAUGAGAUGUAAUUGAAUUGUUUUUGAAUUGUACAUAAACGUAAUCGUAAACAUAACCUAAAAUUAGUCGUAGACAUAACCUUAAAAAGUUCCAAACAAUUUUUUUUUGUAUUUAUACUCGAUUCAGACUGUUUUUUAAGGUCGUAUUUAUUUAUCUAAUUAUUUAUAGAUAAUUGCAAGAUUUAAUAACAAUGUUUAUUGGAUUUUUACCAUGUAAUUUUGUAAAUUUAUUUAGGUUAAGAGUGAAUUAUAAUUGAUUGUUAUAAUUUCAGUAAAUUUAAGAAUGUUACAAUUAAUAAAAAUGAAUUUUAAUUA